UGGCACAAGCAACAGCAUCGUCUUGGGGAAGGUGGUUGCCGCCGCUACCUUAAUCCCGGGAGAUCCUUCCCUGUGGAGGAACGAGCUCACUGUCAUGGCGUCAUCAUUGAAUCGUCCAAUUUUGGGGAGGAAGUUGCGUCCAUCUCUGCCUCGUACUUGCACGUCUCCCUAGGUACAGCGUAAGGUACCUACCUACAUUCUCGCGUCUUUCUAACCAUCUCAUUGACAAAAAUCUGCAGCCAUUGAGAGCUUCCCUCAAAACGCAGCGCAUGAAUGAUGAUGCUCUGAAUCCUCACCACUCUCCAUCGCCCGACGUUACAAACACAAAAACACUGCCCGCCUUCUUGAACCCCUCCAUAAACACAACCCCGGUCAAAGACGAGUCAACCUUACCUUGCAGAGUAUUGUCACCAAUCUGAAGACGCGAAUCCCCAUCGACUUUCCCCAUCUCUCAGCAGACCGCCUACCAUCACGUCUUGCCUCAUCCCACCUUACCCCAGUUACAGCAUACUUACCGCAACAUCUCUGUCUACCUGUCACCCCCGGAAGCUUUUACCUUCCAGUUGCCAUCUGCCUAGCAUUCCUCUAUUAGGAUACUUAGCUCCCACACUACAUCUGGGAAUACCUAAGUAGUCUUGGCCCCGUGUGCUUUGUUAUCUGACCCCCUCCCUCCGCCCCGGCGCUUUACAUCAGCAGCUGUCAGUCGGAGUCGGAGUACCCCUCGACGGUGACCGUAACGUCUUCCCCUCUCUUUCGCCUACCCUUCUACUCGUUGCUCCCCUCCCCCUCCAUCCUUCAUGCAAACCACCAAAUUCCUCCUCCCUCUCCGCCACCAAGUAAGAGUAUCUUUCUUAUUCCGACAAACGACGCAAAAGAACCCAUUUUCGCAUAGCGCACGAGCCAUGGCCGACUACAAGCUCAAGUCCGUCUCCUCGCUGUCUCUCAAGCCGGGGGACAAGCAGGAGGUUGAAGUCGAGGGAAUCGAGGGCGCAAAGGUUCUCCUCCUCAACGCUGGCGGCAGUAUCCAGGCUGUUGGUCCCAAAUGCACCCACUUUGGCGCACCACUCGUAAAGGGAGUCUUGACCACCUCUGGUCGCUUGACAUGUCCCUGGCACGGAGCUUGCUUCAAUGCCAAAACUGGUGAUGUCGAAGACGCACCUGCUCUCGACGCCCUUCCCGUCUUCAAGGUCACCGAGCGCGACGGCGCAGUCUACAUUUCUGGCGAAGAGGCCGCUAUCAAGGGCGGUCGCCGCAAGCCCAACUUCAAGUGCAAUGCCGCCGGUGGUGCCGACCAGGAAAAGGUGGUCAUUGUUGGUGGAGGCUCUGGUGCUCUCGGCGCUGUUGAGGGUCUGCGCAACGGCGGCUACGACGGUCCCUUGACCAUCAUCUCCUCUGAAGGCUACUUCCCCAUUGAUCGCACAAAGCUGUCCAAGGCUCUCCUGACCGACGUCAACGCCCUGCAAUGGCGCGAUGAGGCCUGGUAUAAGAGUGGCUCUGUCGACUGGGUCGCCGACGAGGUCACAGACGUUGACUUUUCUGACCGUAAGGUCACCACCAAGAAGGGCGACAGCAUCCCCUAUACCAAGCUCAUCCUGGCCACCGGCGGUACGCCGAGAAACCUGCCCCUCCAGGGGUUCAAGGUUUUGGGCAACAUCUUCACACUCAGAACCGCCCACGACACGCAAAAGAUUGUCAAGGCCAUUGGCGACAAGGGCAAGAAGAUUGUCAUCGUCGGAUCCUCCUUCAUCGGUAUGGAGGUUGCCAACGCCACCGCCAAGGAGAACACAGUUACCGUCAUCGGCAUGGAGAAGGUCCCUCUGGAGAGGGUUCUUGGCGAGAAGAUUGGCGCUGGCAUCCAGAAGAGCCUGGAAAAGAACGGCGUCAAGUUUCAUAUGAAUGCUGGCGUCGACAAGGCAGAGCCGUCCGCCACAGACGCUGCCAAUGUCGGCGCGGUAUACCUCAAGGAUGGCACCAAACUCGAGGCUGAUCUAGUGAUUCUCGGUGUUGGUGUCGCCCCCGCUACUGAAUUCCUGAGGGAGAACAAGGUCAUCAGAUUGGAGGACGAUGGCUCGAUCAAGACUAACGAGAACUUUGAGAUUGUUGGCCUCAAGGACGUGUACGCCAUUGGCGAUAUUGCGACAUACCCGUACCACGGUCCUGGAGGCGACGGCCGGUACACUCGCAUUGAGCACUGGAAUGUCGCCCAGAACGCUGGUCGCUCCGUUGCAAACAACAUCAUCAACUCAGCCGUCAAGACGCCGCACUUCAUCCCCGUCUUUUGGUCCGCAUUGGGCUCACAGCUGAGAUACUGUGGUAACACCGUCGGCGGAUGGGACGAUGUCGUGAUCCAAGGCAAUGUGGAAGAGUCGGCGUUUGUUGCGUACUACACAAAUGGCGAGACGGUUGUCGCCAUGGCCUCCAUGGGCAAGGACCCCGCCAUGGUUCAGUCGGUAGAGUUGAUGUCCCUCGGAAAGAUGCCUUCGAAAUCGGACCUGGCCAAGGGUCUCGACAUCACCACUAUCGGUCCGUUGGAGGCAUGAUUUUGUAAACAGGACUUUUGUGCAUUUCCGGGUGUACACGGGAGGGAUGUAGGACGUAAUCUAUGGCGUAAUUAGGUAGGCUUCAAGGCAUGCAAUGAGCACACAAUUCAAUGAAUUCGAUUAACAAGGGAUGUUUGUGA